UCUCUGCUUCCUCUUUUUAGGUUCUUGAGCACCAGCGAAUCUCUUCUGGUUUUAUCAUCUUCUUCCUCUCUUUUUUUUUUACCUCUUGGCUUCUUCUCCUCAAGUUCUCUUAAACUGAAAUUCAUCCUCUUAUACCAAUUCAGGCACCAAGUCCCGUAAAGGAAGGGGAAAAGGUAAGGAGCCCACUAAGCGUGCCAAAUAUACAAAGGAAAUGCUAUAUAAGAACCCACCUUCUCCCUUAUCAUAGCUCUCUCCAUUUUUUUGCCUCUUACUCUGAGUUGUGAAAACAGUGUCUUUGAAUUUGUUUUCUUCUGGUGGGAUUCCUCUCUGAGGGUGUUAUUAUAUCGUGUUUUGGAUUGAAAUUGUUGGUUUUAAGGAUUUUAAUGGGUCGUGGGUCUCUUUUUGGGUUUGCCAUCUGUUUGUGUUUUUGCCUUGGUAGCUGAGAUCUUAAGGGGUCUGACUAUGCAACUCGUUCCUGGCUUGAUUUUCCCUUUAGAAGCCAAAACAAAAAGCUUGUUCCUGAUGAUUCAAGAUGUGGGUCUUCUUGGUUUUGGGCUCUGGUUAAAUUACUGUUAAGUUUUCUGCAGUUUCUUGCCCUUAGAAGUUAGACAAGGUGAUUUUCAUCUGUUUUGCUUUCUUUUAUAUCUGCCCCUACAUCCUGAGAAGAAGAUGGAAAGUGGUUGCUCAAAGAAUGGUGAAGCUUGUCCUCAACUGCUGGAUUUGAUUUCUAAAGAGAGAGGAGAGUGGCAUGUAAGGAGAGAUGAUGGAGCCUCAGAGGAAAGGAAGCUAGAACUAAGACUUGGUCCUCCGGGUGAAGAAAACUGGGCCCAAAAAGAUGGCUCCAAGAACAACAACAGAGAAAGAGAUGAAUCUCGUCUCUCACUUGGGUACUUCUCUUCUGCUGCCAUAAGCAACAAUGGAAACAAGGCACAACAGGGCUUUUCUUCCUUAGAGAACCGUCCAGUUGGGUCAGUUUUGUCCUCUUCUUGGGUGCAGCCCCACCAGCAGACAAAGGUUCCUUCAUUUCUUCAGUUCCCAUCAACAGCCCCACAGAGCUUGCUUGUUACCGCAAAGGAAUCGUCACAGCCCUGUUGCACUAAACGGGUAGACCUGCAGAAUGCAGAAAAGAAAGCAUUUUCACCGGCGUCUGCAAAUACAACUGUGACCAGCAGCUCUCAGAAAAGAACUGCUCCUGCUUCAGUUGUGGGUUGGCCUCCAGUUCGUUCCUUUAGGAAAAACCUUGCAAGCAGCAGUUCCUCAAAAUUGGCCACUGAACCACCAAAUGUGGUGCCACACAAGGGUUCUGGUGAAAAACCACCUGCUGAAACUAGUAACAAAAGUCCCUUUGUGAAGAUUAACAUGGAUGGAGUCCCAAUUGGAAGGAAAGUUGAUCUCAGAGCCUAUGAGAGCUAUGAAAAGCUCUCUACUGCCAUUGAUGAACUCUUCCGAGGCCUGCUUGCAGCUCAAAGAGAUUCCUCUGCUGGAGGAAUAGUGAACAAGCAUGAGGAAGAGAAAGCGAUUACAGGCUUAUUAGAUGGGAGUGGGGAAUAUACUCUUGUUUACGAGGAUAAUGAAGGAGACAGGAUGCUUGCUGGGGAUGUCCCGUGGCACAUGUUUGUCUCAACCGUGAAGAGGCUACGCGUGUUAAAGAGAUCUGAACUUUCUGCACUACGCCUUGGAAGCAGAAGACCAAGGCAAGAUUUCAACUUUAGUCUACCAUGAAAUGAGAAGUUUUUUCUUCCUAAGAUUCUCUUGACAAAAUUGUCUGUAGGAGAGACAUGAUUUGUGUUCCUUUUUUUGACAUUUUGCUCUCCUUAUCUAGCAUGAAACUUGUUGCGCCCGCAGUGUAUAUUAUUAUCAAAUGUUUCUCAUAUGUACCUUUUUUGACUUCUUCCCUUUGUUUGACACGCUGUUGCUUAGAUUAAUGCAAUUUUUAUUUUUCGGCCUUCUACAUUCGUGCAAUUUUG